AUCAUCGCCUAGGUCAACUGUCAAAAUUAUGGCUAGCUAUGGUUCCAUUAUUGGUCAAUAAAUCAAAACAAAUAAAAUUUGUUCGCUAAAUUUUUAUAUAAAUAAUAUUCAAAAUGGGUUUAUUUGGUAAAUCUCCUGAAAGAAAUCCAAAAGAAAUGGUAAAUGAAUGGUCACACAAACUUCGUAAAGAAGGAUAUAAUUUGGAUAGACAAAUAAGGGGUAUACAAAGAGAAGAGGAAAAAAUAAAACGGUCAUUAAAGGAAGCAGCUGCAAAGAAUGAUAAACAAGUGUGUACAAUAUUAGCUAAGGAAAUCAUCAGAUCAAGGAAGGCGAUCAGUAAAAUAUACACAAGUAAAGCUCAUUUAAAUUCUGUGCAGUUGCAAAUGAAGAACCAGCUAGCUACUUUACGAGUGGCUGGAUCACUCCAAAAAUCCACAGAGGUAAUGCAAGCUAUGCAAGCAUUAGUCCGAUUACCAGAAGUGGCGCACACAAUGCAAGAGCUGAGCAAAGAGAUGAUGAGGGCUGGUAUCAUUGAAGAGAUGCUAGAUGAGACUAUGUCCAGCGUUGAAGAUGAAGAAGAAAUGGAAGAAGCAGCGCAGACUGAGGUUGAUAAGGUGUUAUGGGAAUUAACGCAAGGAAAACUAGGCGAAGCACCCGCGCCCCCUACAGCCGUUGCCGCCCCGUCCACCAGCAAAGAGGAAGAAGUCGCAGAACCCGACGAGAGCGAGCUAGACGAAAUGCAGUCUAGAUUAGAAGCUUUAAGGUCAUAGAAUUAAAGAUUUUCAUAAAGGAGAUUAUGGUACUAAAUGGAUGCAGCAGAGAGUCGUUGCAAAUAAUAAAUGCCUUACAAAUAAUAUGUAAAUAUCGUUAUAAUUAAGUUUGCGUAUAUAUAUACAUAUAAGUCCUUUAUUGUUAUUAUUUUUAACAUCUUUGUGCAUUGUCAAGUUGCUUAUUUUUAUUUAUUUGAAAAUACUGUAUUUAUUUCUAAACAUUGUGAUUAUUGUACCUACUCUCGCCUAAUAAGAUUUUAACAAAUGUCUAAAAUUGGUUUGAGAAUGACAUGAGAUUUUAUAUUUAUUUAAUUACAAGAAGUUCAUUUAGUAAGCUUUUUCAUUAAAAUUAAUUACAAAGCGCAUUCAAAUUAUAGUUUUCAUUGUAAUUAUAUUCUUAAGUACUUUGCAUUAUUUGGAUUGACAUACAGUUGCCAUCAUAACCAGCGCAUACUUAGGGUACCUAAUUAUUGUGGUCACUAUUGAAAGUUUAAUUAUAUACCUUUUACAAUUAAUGUUCUUGUAUUUGUAUAAAAAAAGCAAGCUAAAUACUAGAUAUUUGUAAUAAAUUGAUGCACUAAUGUUAUAA